CAUGGAAGAAUUGGCAAAGAAAAAGCUGGAUGAACCGCGAAAUUGAAAAACCUGACAGAUCACUCACCUGCACCUGCUCCAACUUUAGCGGUUUCUUUUCUCCUACUUUAUAAUAUCAACCCCAUGUAUUCCAACUGCUUUUAAUUUUCUUUACUUUAAGGUUCUCUCUCUCUCAAAUCCAACGUCAACCAUAAUUCCUGUCAACCUCCAGCUCUUCCCAAGGAUAUAGAAAAAAGCACCCAAUUUUAGUAUUAUUUGGUCCUCUAAAUUUGGCACAAAGUUGGAAGUGCUACAAAACAACUUUCAACAAAAGCUCCGUUCUUCUUCUUCUUCACCACGAACUCUUACCCAUUUUGUCUUUUGGGGAAAGUUUAUUUGAGGAAAAAAAUAUGUCGGCUGCUGUGGGAGCUGCUAUUUCUGCAACCAAGGACGUUACCUUCAAUCCUCAAAUGGAAGAAGAAGAGCUCAGGAAUAACAAGAACAACAAGGUUGGUGGUGAACCAAGCCGGCUCCCACAUAGUGAUGAUGGCCAUGGAAAUGAUCACGAAGAUGAUGAUGAGCCAGAGGAAGAGGAAGAUGCAAAGUUGAAAUCUAACAAGGAAUUGGACCUUGGUCCUCAAUUUUCUCUCAAGGAGCAGCUAGAAAAAGAUAAAGAUGACGAAAGUUUGAGGAAAUGGAAGGAAAAACUUCUUGGAAGUGUUGAUCUCUCUGCUGUCGGAGAGAGUAAAGAACCAGAAGUGAAGAUGCAAAGCCUCACAAUACUAUGCCCGGGGCGACCAGAUCUCAUUUUGCCAAUUCCAUUUGGUAACAAUUCUAAAAGGGUUCUCUUCACCCUCAAGGAAGGAAGUCAGUACCGCCUCAAAUUUAGCUUCACCGUCUCCAACAAUAUUGUCUUGGGCCUCAAAUACACUAACGUUGUGUGGAAGACCGGUAUGAAAGUGGACAAUUCAAAGAGAAUGUUGGGAACUUUUAGUCCUCAGCAGGAGCCUUAUACGUGUGAAAUGGAAGAAGAAACCACCCCUUCUGGCAUUUUUGCAAGAGGCACUUAUUCUGCAAGAACCAAGUUUGUUGAUGACGAUGGAAAAUGCUAUUUGGACGUGUGUUACUACUUCGAAAUUCAAAAGAAUUGGCCAAAACCCUCUUAAGGUCUAAUCUGAUAUUUUACUGGCAUUGGCUUGGUAGUGCUUCAAGUGAUCACUUUAGUUUAGAGUGAUUUUCUUCGUCUGGUAUGUUGUAUCUUGUACAAAUGGCAAAUGGGGCAUCCAUGUCUUACUUCCAUUGAACUAUACCACUGUACAUGUCAUGCUUCCUCUUCCUGCUCAUCCUUAUCGUCGUGUUCUGCUUA